AAGUGCUGACCGAGGGGUGCUGGGGAGUCGUGGCGCCGCCCGGGGCAGCCCGGAGGCACUGCGGACGCGGCACUGGGAGCCACGGUGGCCAGGCGCCAUGCUGCCCCGCUGGGAGCUGUCUCUUUACCUGCUCGUGUCACUGGGCUUCCACUUCUAUUCUUUCUAUGAGGUUUACAAAGCGUCCAGAGAACAUGAAGAGGAACUGGACCGAGAAUUUGAGUUGGAGACCAACGCUCUUUUUGGAAGACUAAAGAAGGACCCGACUGAUUUUGAAUGGAGCUUCUGGAUGGAAUGGGGAAAGCAGAGGCUGUUGUGGCUUUUCCUUGGGCAUAUGGCAGUGUCUCAGCUCGCCAUGCUGCUUGUAAGGAAGCACAGACCCUGGCUCCUCACCGCCUAUGGGAUGUGGGCCUGCUGGCAUGUGCUGGGAGCUCCAGGUGUGGCCAUGGUUCUUCUCCACACCAUCAUCGCCUUCUGUGUGGCUCAGUUCCGGUCGCUGCUCCUGUCCUGGCUCUGUUCUCUCCUCCUGCUCUCCACCCUGAGGCUGCAAGGUGUGGAGGAAGUGAAGAGGAGGUGGUACACGACAGAAAACGAGUACUACUUGCUGCAGUUCACUCUGACAGUUCGCUGCCUGUUCUACACCAGCUUCAGCCUGGAGUUCUGCUGGCAGCAGCUGCCCACCACAGGCCCCUCCUACUCCUUUCCCUGGAUGCUGGCCUACAUCUUCUAUUAUCCCGUCUUCCACAAUGGGCCCAUCCUCAACUACCCAGAGUUCAUCAAACAGAUGCAACAGCCUGAACUCUGCUCGGUGAAGGACAGCCUCUUCAUGCUGGCCCGGGGCCUGGGCCGCCUGCUCUGCUGGUGGGGCCUGGCCGAGCUGAUGGUUCACCUCAUGUACAUGCAUGCCAUCUACAGCAGCAUCCCCCUGCUGGGGGCUGUCUCUUGCUGGACUUUAGGAGGACUGGCCCUGGCUCAAGUGCUCUUCUUCUACGUGAAGUACCUAGUCCUCUUUGGCAUCCCAGCUCUGCUAAUGCGCCUGGAUGGACUCAAGCCGCCACCUCUCCCUCGCUGUGUGAGCACCAUGUUCAGCUUCACAGGAAUGUGGAGGCAUUUUGAUGUUGGACUACAUAAUUUCUUAAUCAGGUAUGUGUACAUUCCACUGGGCGGUUCCAAGCAUGGCCGGCUGGGGACUCUGAUUUCCACUGCGAUGACAUUCUCGUUUGUGAGCUACUGGCAUGGCAGCUAUGACUACCUCUGGUGCUGGGCAGCGCUCAACUGGCUGGGAGUUACGGUGGAGAAUGGAAUCCGGAGGCUGGUGGAGAGUCCUUGCAUGCAGGAGUGCUUGGCCCGAUACCUCUCCCCACCUGCUCGCCGUCGACUUCAUGCUGCCCUUGCUUCUUGCUCCACCUCCAUGCUGAUCCUGUUCAACCUGGUGUUUCUCGGGGGCAAUCAAGUUGGGAAAACCUACUGGGAGAGGAUCUUCAUACAAGGCUGGCCAUGGGUGACUCUCUCCGUCUUAGCCUUCCUGUACUGCUACUCCCACGUGGGCAUUGCCUGGGCCCAGACAUAACUAUGGACUGAUGCUGCUGGUCUCUAAGGCAAAUAGUACUUCAUCCUGACCUCCAUUCCAAGAUAAUCUCCAAAGGAUUUUCUUCUGCUCAUCUUCUGUUGAAGACACCUCACUCCAAGACCCACAACUUGAGCUCUCAUAGAAGAUUUACAACCAGACAAACUGCUAACUUUGGGAACUUAGACUCACUCAACCACCCGUUGACUGUUGAGCAAGCAGAGGUCCAGGACAGAAGUGUCUUACCCAGCUACACACGGUGCCAUUUUUGCCUAGAACCCAGUCCCAUGGGCCUUUUGGGCUCCAUCUCUUUUAUUCAAAAUGGACAUGAAUUGAACACAGCUUAGUGAUAGGCCUGGGCUCAACAGGGUGGUAUUUCUGCAACAUACUGCUGGUAUGUUAGUGACACAUGUGCUCCCUUUUCCACACUUUGCAUCUGGAGCUGGGGAACCAGCACGGACAGGUUAGCUUCUUACCUCAAGUGGAGGUAACAAAGCCAUAGUUGUGUUUCUAUCGACCUAGACACAGCAGAGAAGAGCAGUUCUGUAGUGUUCCGAGGAGCCCACACUCCUUGGACUCCAGUGAUUUGAACUUUAUCAAGGUAAUCUACAUUUGGAUGCUUGUGCCUGAGAUUUGCAGAGAUGUAUAGAUAUGGUAGUUCCAACAGCUAAUUGUUUCUCAAUAAAGAAGCAGAAUUUUAAAGCCAGCAAAUGCACGUAUCCACAGAUGGGUGCUGUCAAGCAGGCCAUAGAAAGUAAACAUGGCUGCCUGUGGCCUCAUCUAUUCUCUACCUAAAUCCCAGUAGGUAUCAUAAUACUGGCUACUUUAUCAUCAGUGGUUUAUAUUGCUUCAUUUUGAUUCAAAUAAAAUGAAGUCCUUUUUGUUGUUAUUAUGUAGGUAAUUUGUACUUUCCUAAAAUUAAUUUGAAGCAAAUGUUUAAAAUCUAACCACGGUUAUAUACUUCAGUGGUUCAUCACCACUGCCCCAUCCCCAGUUAGAUGCCAGACUGGCUAGUAAUAGACACAAGCUCUAGGGAGCACAAUAUUUCUGUUUGGGCUUUGGAUUUGGGAGGGGUGGGGAGGAAAGAAACGUUAAAAGUUUAAAUCCUUAGUGUAUCAAGUUUGGGGAGAAUAUAUGGAUGUCAUUGGGUGACAAAUAUAAAGUUUAUGUGGAUCUAAUACUGUCAUCUUUGUUACAUAGCAUUGGCCUUGGAUCUUGGAUGUAAUUAUGAACUCAAUGAAACUUGAACUACUAGCAUGCAAGACUAAUCAUCUGACUGCCCUGUCUUCCAAGAGAGAUUGGAGGGGCAGGGGCAGAUCCUCAUGACCUGGGAUGGUCACACUUUGAGUUACAUGUAGCAAAGUGUCUACUUUGUGGAGAUCUAUAAAUAACACAAAGGAUUUGGGGCUUUUCUAAAGAGACCAUUUACAUAAACACAGGUUGUUCAUUUCUUAAACUAUAUUAAGAGACUCAGUGGAUGUAUUUGAACAUAAUAAUCCUAACUUUCUUUUAAACCAUGUGAUUCACAUGGCUCUUGGGACUUAGUAAAUGAUCACUGGGUUUAGCUAAUUGAGGUGUGAUUUACUAAUACGUAUGUAUUCCAGGACCAUUGUUUUCCUUAACCUCUUACUGCUCCCAGCUGUAAAAUGAAAACAACAGUGCUUCUUCCUCUCUGCAUGCAUGUGAGCUAAAACCCCGGAGAUGCUUUAAUCAAAGAUCCUUGAGGUGCGUGGGUGCACAGAGAGGUUCCUGCUGAGGUGCUUUAGUCAUGUCAUCAGCCCUUGGGAACCUUUAGGCUUGGUGCUGGGAAAAGACUAGACCUGGUUCCCGGGUCACUUCUUGCCCCAGGAUUGUUUGACCUUGACCUGGUUCCACAGGCAAGCCCAGGAGCUCCAGCACUACUGUCAGGAUAGAGAUCAAGGAGGGCAGCAAGACAUUUGAAGGUUACAAGCUUCAGUCAGGAUGAUUAAUUCUUGGAACCACGCAAGAAGACAUAAAAGUAUUAUAUGUUCAGAUUAAUUUAAGUGACAAUUUGUUCUAUUAAAGACUAGGUCUAGAGAGAAAAUAUGUCCAUUGUACUUGUAUGAUCCAUGUAUUAGGAGAACAGAAGUUUGGGAAGAGGGUACUCUCAUUAAAGAAACUGAGACUGCUUACUUUGUUAUAAGAAAUUAACCAUAGUGCAGUGAUUGUCCUUUUAGAUGACACACUAAGAUAUAUGCAUAUAUUAGGGGUUUCUUCAGCGUGGCCAAUGUGAAAAGCCAAUUUCUCCUCUAUCACUGGCUUUAAUGCACUUUGAUGGAGAAUCUCUGAAUCUUUUAUGGUGUGUGUGUGUGUGUG